UUUCAUCCAAUCAGAUGGAAAUUUGGCGCUUGUUUAUUCUUUUAUCACUCUCUUGUUCAUCAGGGAUUAUCUUGAUUAGAUAUAGAGGACUUCAUCAUCAUGAAUAUAAAGACUGCCGCUACAACCAUCCAUUCAUCCAAAAGAUGUUCAACUCGUUUGUCCAACUGGUUUUCAAGAAGGAACAAAAAUGUGUUGAAGUUUUCAAAAACUCCUUCAUCUAUCGAUAUGGUUCAAAAGUAGAAAACGUCAUAUUCAAAAUAGAAUCAAUUGCCGUCCAUUCCAUUUACUCUUUCAUUAACUUUGUCGCAUUUGGGGGAAUUUGCGGUAUUCUAGUACUUUUUGCAUGCGGAGCUGCUCAGUUGGUACUGUGUUUCAUCCUCUGGAGAAGAUAUUUUAAGAAGAAUCAUGUACCAGUACCAGAACAAGAUAUCAAAGAAGAAGACUCCGAUGAUACCCCGUCUUCUUGCUACGUAACGUGUCGCAACUAUUUCGACGAUGAAAGGAAUGAUAGUAAUGAAAAUAGUGUUGUGCCAUCUGGCUCAAAUGGGCCUACUCAGGAAUAUUCAGAAACGAUGGUCUAUUGGUCAAUAUUUCAUCGUUGGAUACGUAGUUGUCUGAUGAUUUUGAUGAUUCUGCUGAGCCUCGGAAUCCCCUGGGAGUUUAUCCGAAUGUACCAAGAUGCGGUGGCAAAGAGAGCUGCUGUUAUGCAAAAGGGCAUGCCACCAGAAUGUUUUCCACACCAGAUGACAAUAUUGCAGACGUUGAAAUCUUUCCUGCUCCAACUUCUGUCAUGGAACUACGACCCGUGUGAGAAGUAUCAUCGCAUGCUGCUCGUUGAUCCGAUAUGGGAUGUAAACCCGUCCAAGGUUAUCACCAACUGUUUCCUUUAUCCCUUUGAGAUGCUCUCCUCCACGAUCGGGCAAAGUUUAACAAAUUUCUUCGAGAAAAUUCCGAGCCAACUGCAGCUUUUCUUCUUUGGACUGUUAGCAUUGCUAGUUGUCAUGGUACUUGUUAUGACAUGCGGAUAUCGGAUACGGUCUAUAUUUGUGAGUUUUGAGCCUUCGUGUCUCAAAAGAGGAACAACUGAUCAACCGAAUCAAUAUCAGAGCAUUAGACGAGAACUGAACCGUGGGAUGAAAAAACAAAUGCAAUUAAAAUCUCCUAAUGAGGUUAUUGAGAAGUAUUUUAUGAAUGAUGAUCAAGACUGAAAGAAAUCAUGAUAAAUUCUACCAGUACGUGUGCCAGAACUGUCCGUCCGUAACGGGGCUGGCAGCUAGUCUCCUUUCA